AUGUCAACCCCAACUUCCAAUCCUCCUACCCCCAAGGGCCCUCGCAACAACAACAAUAACAAUCGCCGCCCGCAGCCCAAGAAGAAUACCACCCCCCAUACACAGAAUAUGGCGCUUCUGACUACCCCACCUUCCUCACCGCCACGCAAUAUGACUCCAGCUGGCGUGGCCACAGAUUCAUCAAAUCCCAAUAAUGUCCACCCCCAAUCUAAGAAGAAGCCUCCCCGCUCUGGGAAGAAGCCCAAAGACGUGAACCGAACCGAGUCUGCGCCCAAUGGGCACAAUGGAGCAAGUGGAGCGAAUGGAGCGAAUGGAUCAAAUGGGCAUCGACGCACCUCUUCUCGCACGAACGCUGCGAAUGUCACCCCGCAACAAGCUAAGGAUAGCGCAUAUGCCGGGCCAACUUUUCAUGCAUCCCCAGCGCCCUCACAAUUGCCGAUGCCCAGCUUCUUUUCCAAGUCGCUACCUGAGUCUGACCUCGCAACAACUCUUGAAACUGACAGCGAUACCGCGGAUACAGAAGGUGAGGUAGAGACAACUCCGUCCAAGCCCCGAGCUCGCCCCCCGCAGCAGCUCGCGGCUGGUGAGCCUGAGCCUCAGUCCACUCCUCUGGAUUUCCUUUUCAAAGCUGCCGUACAGGCACGGAAUUCCAAUUCCAUGAGCAGUCCCGAGCUGAGCAAUCGCGCGCGCUUACCUCAAACCGAACCGAGAUUGCCACAUCCUAAUCUGCCUGGCGGUAUGUUCUCAUUCGAAAUGGGCUCCGAGAAUGGGCGCGGCUCAAACAUUGGGCCUUCCUUUGCGCCAUCUUACCAGGAUCGUAUGACUGCUUUCCGCUCCUCCAGCUCGCCACCUACUCAGACCCCCGAGACCGAAGAGCAGCGGCGUGCAAAGAAUGCGGAGUUGAAGCAACUGCUCCUUAAUCCGCGCCCUCAGCGGUCGUCACCCAACUCCCCUGCACCAGAACACCCUGCUUCCCAGUAUGGAGCCCGCCCGCAUGUCAAUCCCAGUCUUCCUCCUUAUGCCACGCCCAGUCGAACGAACUCUGGUCCCCCAGCUCCUAUCAAUCGGGGAUACUCUCCUCAGGUCCCGCAAGUGCCCAACCAGGCUGGUUACCAGUACCCCUACGCGAAUGGUCACCAAGUUCGCAAUACUGAGUCCCCACUACGACGUGAAGUUCCACCCAAUCACUACCACGCUCCUUUUGCUGGCCCAUAUGGCAAUCCAUACAUGGGAAGAGCAUCAGUGCCAACUUCUAGCGACUCGACCAAUUACAUUUCCCCACAGCCUCAAUACGCUACCGCAGCCUUCACUUUGCCUACCCACUCUCCGUCGCCCUCCCGGGCUGUCGAUACCAGGCAAAUGGAAGCUGAUCUCCGACGGGUUCUGAAGAUGGAUGCGACUCCAGAAAUCCAAAGCUCUCGUGUUUGA